AGUGGCGAUUGUAUCGCUCCCCUCACGAUUCUGUAUUAACGCCCGCACGUACCGGAUCGGCUGUCACCCACCAAUACCGGCUGUGCCCGCACCGAUACCUGCUGUGCCUGCACCAAUACCUGCUGUGCCCGCACCGAUACCUGCUGUGCCCGCACCAAUACCUGCUGUGCCCGCACUAAUACCUGCUGUACCUUCCCAGGCUGCGCGUAUUGCUCCUUACAGAGUGUGGGUGCUGAGGGGGGGUGGGGCUCUGACCUGGAAGAAACCCCCAGUCACAGGCCGUGCAGGGGACCAGGAAAAAAUUGUGUAAAUCCAGGAAAAUGCAUCAUUCAUUAUAAAUUGGUUGGAAGACAAAAAAAAAAAACAACUUGCAAAAUGGCAGAAAACUUGAAAUGAGGCUUUUCAAAACAUCAUCUCCCUUUGUGCUUUUUAUGAUGGCCUCCCUCAGUUUUUCCAUAAUCCUUUUUAUGGUGGAUUCUUUUCUUAAUCAUUUUGCUGCAAAGCUUGUCUAUAAAUAUUACCCGUAUGAGAUCCUGGGGGCUUUGUGGCUGCUGUCCCUCAUUAAAAUCCCAGUGCUGGCCAUAGUGUCUCUGAGUCUGAAGUGCCCGGUCUUUGUCACCUCUCGACUCUCUUUUGUUCUGACUCUUUGCCUGUCCAUCCCACUGCACCAAACACUCAGACUCCUUCUCCACUCUCAUGUCCCAGAAAUGCACUCCAGCUUUCCAAAUUCUUUCCCGAGUCACCUGCCUCCUUUCCUUGCUUGCUUGCUCUGGGAUCUUGUCUCCCCCAACAUCCUUCCUAAUAAGUCUGCUGAAGGGGAAGCAAACAGUAAGAAGAGAGAGAGAGAGAAUUUCAUCAGGCUUCUGAAAUAUUCCAUACCUGACUGGCUGCCCUUGUGUGGAGCCUUUGUCUUUCUAACACUCGCUCUGAUUGGUGAGAUGUUUAUUCCCUAUUACAUGGGUCGUGUGAUUGAUAUACUAUCAACAAAUUAUAAUGAAAGGGAGUUCCUGAGGGCCAUGUCCUUUAUGGCCAUGUUUUCUAUUACAAGCUCAAUCUUUGCUGGCUCUCGUGGUGGCCUCUUCAUGUUUUCACUUGCUCGACUUACACAGCGCUUACGUCUUCUUCUGUUCCGCUCGGUCAUCAAACAGGAGAUCGCUUUCUUUGAAGCUACUAAGUCAGGGGAUAUUACAUCUCGACUGACCAAUGACACAGCACGUGUGAGCCGCUCAAUUGCUGCCAAUGUGAACAUAACUCUGCGUAUGCUGGUGAAAUGCGUUGGGGUGUAUAGCUUCAUGUUUUCCUUAUCAUGGCAGCUCACUCUCCUGACAUUUAUCAGCUCCCCCCUCACCUGGAUCAUACAGAAAGUGUACAACUACUAUCACCAGGAUCUGGUGAAGAGAGUUCAGGAUUCCAUUGCAAGAUCUAGUGAGCUGGCGAAAGAGAUCAUUGAAUCCGUAAGAAACGUGUACAGUUUUGCUGCAGAGGAGGAGGAGGCAAAAAGAUAUGAGAAUUCUUUGCAAGAGACCCAUGUGUUGCAGACACGCAGAGACUUUGUCACAGCUUUGUACCUGCUGGUUACCAGGCUUGUUAACCUUGGCACCCAGGUCACUAUGUUGUAUUAUGGGCAGAUCUUAAUCCGCAGUGGCUUUAUUAGUAGUGGGAAAAUGGUGUCAUUUAUCCUGUACCAGAUGGAGUCUGACAGCUAUAUUCGGACUCUAGUUCACAUGCUCAGUGAAAUCACUCACGCGGCUGGAGCUGCAGAGAAGGUUUUCCAGUAUCUGGAUCGGGAGCCACAAGUGUCUGCAUCUGGUUGUCUUUGCCCUGGAACACUACAGGGAAGAUUUGAAUUUAGUAAUGUCACCUUUUCAUACCCAUCUCGACCAGAGAUUUUAGCAUUACAGAAUGUUUCCUUCACCCUCCCUCCUGGCAGUGUUACUGCCCUUGUGGGCCCUUCAGGUGGAGGGAAGACAACCUGUGUGUCACUACUAGAGAGGUUUUAUGAACCUCAGGGAGGAAAUAUCCUGCUGGAUGGGAAACCUCUGAAGGAAUAUAAACAUGAAUACCUGCACAGCAAGGUAGCAUUAGUGGCUCAGGAGCCUGUUCUGUUUGCUGGGUCAGUGAGAGAAAAUAUCAGUUACGGACUAUACAACAUUCCUGAGGAAAAGUUGAAAGCAGCAGCAAGAAAGGCAAAGGCAGAGGACUUCAUUGAGGGAAUGGAAAAAGCAUAUGAUACAGAUGUGGGCAAUAGCGGGGCUCAGCUAAGCGCAGGACAGAAGCAGCGUGUGGCCUUAGCACGGGCUCUGGCAAGAAAACCCAAGCUACUCAUUCUUGAUGAAGCCUCCAGUUGUCUUGAUGCUGAAACUGAACAUGAGAUCCAGAAGUCUUUGCAGAGUAUUGAGGAUCUCUCUCUGCUGAUUAUCGCUCACAGACUGCGCACUGUACAGAAGGCUGAUCAGAUUCUAGUUCUUGAGGCAGGGAAUUUGGUGGAGCAAGGCACCCAUGAGAAACUAGUACAGAACAGGGAGUGUAUCACCGUCUCCUUAGUGGUAGCUCUCUGCAAAAUGGUGGGAAAUUGAAUUGAUUGGUCAUGGUAGACACCUGAACAUUUUAAAAACAAAAGGAAUGGAAUCAGAAGGUACUGUUUAAUGGAAACAUAAAGGAAACAACAGGGGUAUGCCAUUUUAAAGAGGAAGGAAAGUCUUAGUGGAGGAUUUAUUAACAUUUGGAUUUUCGUGGUGUUAUAUUUUUUUAAAACCACAACUAAACUUGUUUCAAUGAAUUGC